UAGGGCUUGCUGCUUGCAAUGAAUUCCAACACAAGACAAGGGGAAAUCAGCACUAACCAAGCAGUGAGGUUUCGAGAGUGGAACUGAAAUUGAUCAUAAAGCUUGGUAACUUCAGGAAGUGGGAAGGAGGUGGCCCUCAAGGCCGAGGGAAGGGAGAUGGGCCUGGAGGCCUUGAUGUGCCUCAGGUCAGUAUCCCUGCUCUUCUCCCUGGCAUGAACUGCCUGUGCCGUUCCAGACACCGAAGAAUCCCAGACAAGGAGACAGUCCCCCAUACCGUCAGUGCCUUUGGGUACUUUGGACUGAGAAUCGUACGGCUCCUGUGUGCAUAGUGAUGAGGUUAACACAGAAAUCAGCCUUCUGGGCCUUGCCAGUUUUGAAGCCUGUCUCUUCUCCUGAGCCCUAGCAGAACACAAAUGGACCGGUUCUCACAGUGGAUGUCUCCCAGCUGAGCAAGGGAUGGAGAAGUACCUGGGAUCUGUCCAUCACUAACCCCUGAGCUUAAUAAACCAGCUGAAUGAAGGGAUGUAACAGACUCCUGGGAGGGACACUGAAGUCUGCAGUGGGGGGGGAGGGGCCUGGACACACCCCUUCCCCCCAGACUCCUCCUCCUCUUCAGCGUCCACCCAACCAUGGACUUUGGACCAGGAUAAGGGGAGAGAAGCUGCACUUUGUUUGGUGGAUCCCAUUCUCAGUUUUGAAAAUGGAGUGCUAGCUGGGGCUUUCAUGAUCUCCAGAGAAGCAACUGGGAGAAGAAAGGUACGUGGCUGCUUCCUCACCCCAGCACAGAGGACGCAACACCAGAAUUGUGGACAAGUGAGGCAGGCACACAAGGGUCGCCUUGAGCCCUCUCUUUGCUCGCCCUCCCCGGUGGGGGCAGGAUGCUGAAGAAGCCGACUGCAGGGCUUGUGCUGUGGGGCGCCAUCCUCUUUGUGGCCUGGAAUGCCUUGCUGCUUCUCUUCUUCUGGACGCGCCCAGCGCCCAGCAGGGCACCCUCAGACAGUGCUCUUGAUGACGACCCUGCCGGUCUCACCCGUGAGGUGAUCCGCCUGGCCCAGGACGCUGAGGUGGAGCUGGAACGUCAGCGGGGGCUGCUGCAGCAAAUUAGGGAACAUCAUGCCCUGUGGAGCCAGAGGUGGAGGGUGCCCACUGUGGCCCCACCCAACCGGCCGCACGUGCUUGUGACCCCACCACCUGCCGUCAUUCCCAUCCUGGUCAUUGCCUGUGACCGCAGCACUGUCCGGCGCUGCUUGGACAAGCUGUUGCAUUAUCGGCCUUCAGCUGAGCACUUUCCCAUCAUUGUCAGCCAGGACUGUGGGCAUGAGGAGACGGCCAGGGUCAUCGCUUCCUAUGGCAGCGCAGUCACACACAUCCGCCAGCCUGACCUGAGCAAUAUUGUUGUGCAGUCAGAACACCGCAAGUUCCAGGGCUACUACAAGAUUGCCAGGCACUACCGCUGGGCUCUGGGCCAGAUCUUCAAUAAGUUCAGGUUCCCAGCAGCUGUGGUGGUGGAGGAUGAUCUGGAGGUGGCACCAGACUUUUUUGAGUACUUCCAGGCCACCUACCCACUGUUGAGAGCCGACCCAACCCUCUGGUGUGUGUCUGCGUGGAACGACAAUGGCAAGGAGCAGAUGGUAGAUGCUAGCAAGCCUGAGCUGCUCUAUCGCACAGACUUUUUUCCUGGCCUGGGCUGGCUGCUGCUGGCCGAGCUGUGGGCAGAGCUAGAGCCCAAGUGGCCCAAGGCUUUUUGGGACGACUGGAUGCGCAGUCCUGAGCAGCGGAAGGGGCGGGCAUGUGUGCGGCCUGAGAUCUCAAGAACAAUGACUUUUGGCCGCAAGGGUGUGAGCCAUGGGCAGUUCUUUGAUCAGCAUCUCAAGUUCAUCAAGCUGAACCAGCAGUUUGUGCCCUUCACACAGUUGGACCUGUCAUACCUGCAGCAGGAGGUCUAUGACCGGGAUUUCCUCGCCCGUGUCUACGGUGCCCCCCAGCUACAGGUGGAGAAAGUGAGGACCAAUGAUUGGCAAGAGCUAGGGGAGGUGCGGGUGCAGUACACAAGUAGAGACAGCUUCAAGGCUUUUGCCAAGGCCCUGGGUGUCAUGGAUGACCUCAAAUCAGGUGUUCCCAGGGCUGGCUACCGGGGCAUUGUCACCUUCCAGUUUCGGGGCCGCCGUGUCCACCUGGCACCUCCACAGACCUGGGCUGGCUAUGACCCGAGCUGGAAUUAGCACCUGCCCGACCUCCUUUCUUGCCAUGUUAAGAGCUGAGACAGGCCCGCAGUCCUGGGGCUGCAUCACCCUGUCUGGAUUUCUGCCUGAGUCCAUAUAUCUUUUCUGUUUUUCCAGAUUGGCAUUCGAAUGCACAAAUAAUAAAGAUGAGGGUUACGCUCCCGUUGUCAAGGGAGUCAGAUCAGGGAAUUAGAGUGAAGUGUGUGGAGUUAGCAAAGGAGAAGCCACUGUGUGGUGGGAGAGAGUUGGGCUUGUUGGGGCCAAGAAUGUUAUGUUCUGAGGUCCCCCUCAGGGCAUCUGCAGAGAGGUUGGAAGUGCCAGCUCUUUUGACCAGGCUUGUUUGCCCUAGCCUGGCUCCUCCCACUGUUGCAUGAGCCCUCCUUCUGUACCUAGUCUCCUUUUUCCAGCACCCCAGUAUAUGGCUGGGUUGUGGGAGAAGGACCCAGUUUGUGUCCAACGUGAAACUAACCAAGAGUUUUCACGGUUAGGGCUGCAGGGUGGAGGUGCGAGGUUGCUUGGGGCUUACUCCUGACUUCUGUCUGCCUUUAUUGCUGACCUUCCCAAAGCUGCUCGUUCCUGCAUCCCAGCCUUCUGUGGUUGUGGGAUGCAAAGUGGAAGAGGAUGCUAAUGCCCAGUUGUUAGGCAAGGCAGUGGAGAAAAGCCUGUGGUGGGGCUUCUUGCCUCGGGGAACCUGCCAUCCCUGAUUCCCUUUCUACAAUCAGCCCUACCCUAUUGCUUAAGGAGGAUUCAGUGCAGGCUGGGUGGAUGAUUGAAUGAGUCCUGUGUUCCUUUCUCUUGGGGUUUGGUAUUGACUUCUCCUGAGGGUCAACUUCGAGUGGCCGUCUCAUCACAGGACAGCUCUAACCCUGAACCAGGUUCUGUCCUGCCUCCCCUAAGCUUUCAUGCCUCUUCUUGGACUAGGAUGCAGAUGACAGAUUGGAGAGGAGUUUGUGGCUUUGUUUCUUGCCUGACCUCAGUUUCAUGAAAGAAAGUAGAAUCUACAGAAUAUUUUCAAAAAUAAAGGCUGAACUGUCUGAAAAAGA